AUUCUAUUUUAUACCAAAAAAUAGAAUCUUUCUUUGUGAUUCAAUUUCUUUUAUUAAAAAAAAAAAAAAGGUUUUUGUUUUCUUUACUGUAUAAAUUCUUUGUUUGUUCGUUACAAACCCGGUUGAAUUUCAGUUCUUGCUCCUUUCUUGGACUUGCUUUGGCUGCAACUUUCUUGGGGGCAAUCUUUGCUAGUACAAUCUGUUUCUGUUGAUACAAGAAUGGCUAUAAAGACAAAUGAGUUGGUUGAAGGGAUUUCCCAAGAAGAGCUAAAGAAAAUUCUUCAAUCAGUGGCAUCUGAGUGGGGAGAUGUGGUUGAUGAUAUGGAAGCUUUGCAGGUUAUGCCAUUGAAGGGAGCUAUGACUAAUGAGGUUUUUCAGAUAAAUUGGCCUACAAGGAGUGGUGAUGUUAUUAGGAAAUUGCUGAUUCGAAUUUAUGGUAAAGGUGUUGAAGUUUUCUUUAAAAGGGAUGAUGAGAUUAGGACUUUUGAGUGUAUGUCAAAGCAUGGACAAGGGCCCAGACUUCUUGGCCGAUUUGCUGAUGGCAGGGUUGAAGAGUUCAUUCAUGCCAGGACACUGUCGGCUGCUGACCUCCGUGAUCCUGAAAUAUCUGCUCUAGUAGCAGCAAAGAUGAGAGAAUUCCAUGAUUUAGAUAUGCCUGGCCCUAGGAAUGUACUCCUGUGGAGCAGAAUGAGGAAUUGGCUGACCAAGGCCAAGCAUUUGUGUUCUGCAAAAGAUGCAAAGAAAUUUCACUUGGACUGUCUAGGAGAUGAAAUCAAUAUGCUAGAGAAGCAGCUUUCACAAGAAGUUCAGGAUAUUGGGUUUUGUCACAAUGACCUGCAAUAUGGUAAUAUCAUGAUGGAUGAAGAGACGAGAUCAAUCACCAUAAUUGAUUAUGAGUAUGCGAGUUACAAUCCUAUUGCAUAUGACAUUGCAAAUCACUUUUGUGAAAUGGCAGCAAAUUAUCAUUCUGAGACACCACAUGUUUUGGACUAUAGCAAAUAUCCUGGAUUGGAAGAGCGCCGCAGAUUUGUUCAUGUAUAUCUAAAUUCUGGAGGCAAAAAACCCAGUGAAGACAAAGUGGAACGGCUGACUGAUGAUGCAGAGAAGUACACUCUUGCAAACCAUCUCUUUUGGGGCUUAUGGGGAAUAAUCUCAGGUUAUGUCAAUAAACUUGAUUUUGAUUACAUGGAGUAUGCUAGGCAGAGGUUUGAGCAGUAUUGGGUGAGAAAGGCUGAAGUCUUGGGAUCCUCUGGUGUUCAUGCAAAUGGCUAUGUAGUAGAUGCUACCUAAAGGAUAUAAUCCUUGAUGCAAUUUCCUCAGUGGAAAUCAUGGAGAAUGUAAAAUUUGAUUGUUGUGGAUUUGUGGUGUUAGUUAAUAUAGCUAAAUUUUUCUUCA